UACACUUGUGAUUCUGAUUCCACCAGUCCAACCAAAUUUGUACAAAAUCAUGAGAUUUAAUAAUUACUUUUUCAUUUUAUUUUUGAUUAGUUUUGAAAGUCUGACUCCAGCAGCUCAACUGAAAGGACUAAAAAGGAAUAAAAACACUACCAUACGCGUGUUGGAUAGUUGUCAACAACGGUACGAAGCACUCACACAAGAACAAUAUGCCAGAUAUGUGGAUGCUAGUGGUAGACGAGAAAGUGGAGUUUAUGGAGGCAAUACUUUGUGGUAUGGGUCGUUUGAUGAAUGUAACAAACUACCUGACUCGCGGUACUGUUUGACGAUAUUUCCUGGGAAUAUGACACUUUACCAAAACAAAGCAGAGACUUAUCAUUUUGAGUGGGGUGUUUGUGUUCCCAAGUCUUGUACAAAUAACGACAUCAAAGAACAUUUCUUAUAUCUUUUUCAUAAUGUUUCAGACAUCAGUUCAGUUUCACCGUUUACAAAUUAUCUCCAAGUUCAGUGUUCUGAGAAUCCUGAAUACACGACAUCUGUUAUCUUAACAAUAACAUUUUGUGGAAUUUUGGUUGGCUUGUCCAUCUUUGCAACGAUAACAGAGAUUUUAUAUUCAUUAAAAUAUGGUGACAACAACGACCAAAAUGUCGGUGAUCGUGGCUUGCAUAUCUCAAUGGAUAAAGAGACGAACGAGAAGACUCCAUUACUACCAAAUAAUACCAAGAAGGCUCAAAAGAGCGAAGAUUCUUUGGUUUAUAAAGUUCUUAAUUCUUUCUCAAUUUCACGAAAUGUCAAAUGGAUAAUGAACACAUCUGUUGGAAAAGGAGAUUUGACGUGUCUUCAUGGAAUCAGAGUGUUAUCUUUAUUUUGGAUCAUUGUUUUCCAUGUCGUGUCCAAAGUCCCCGGCUUUUCCUCUCGGCUCACUCCAACCUAUAUGUUUGUCAUAUUGCUCGUUGUGAAAUUAAAACCGUUUUGGGGGAACGGUCCACUCUGGUAUCUUGCUGCUGACACUACGACUUGUAGCAAAUAUUGGUAG